AUGUGGCAGACCUUGUCAGCGGUCCCUUCGAGUGUUGUGUUGUUCGAGUGCGCCUCGAGGGUUCCGACAGCACCGUGGCCAGCGUCUACAUCAGGCCAGCCAUGCGAUCCCACAUGCCUGCGGCAGCUGGCCCACCGUCUAGGGAGGGAGCUCCUGCUUUGCGAAGACGUCAACGCCAACCACAUGGUCUGGGGCAACAGACGGUGCUGGCCACGAGGUAAGGAGCUGAGGGACGUCCUCCUGCAACUGGGCCUGCAGAUACUGAACAACGGCCUACCAACGUUCCUCCGACGCUCAGGCCCGGCAGUCCGCUCGGCCAUUGACGUCACAGUGGCCACAGAGCGCUAUCGGUACUCCUGGGCGCCACCCCCGGUCACCUGGGGGUCUGACCACCUGCCUCUCCUGCUCUCUCCAUUCCAAGGCAAGACACCUAGGAGCCAAGAGUGCCACAUCGUGGACUGGCGGGCCUUCAGAUGGCUCUGUCACCAGAACACCUCCAGCAGAGACUUCCUCCAGAUGGUGGUCGAUAGCGCCAGGGCUGCAACUGACAGCACAGAGCAACAGUCGGGCUUCAGGCGCUACCGCUGCACGGCGGACUCCAUCGCGGACGUCGUCACCACUCUGGAGAAUGCGAAGAGCUGCGGGGACGUGGCCAUGCUGCUGCUGCUGGAUGUGGAGAGUGCUUUUGAUGGCCUCCCACACACAGUCGAGGCUGCCAUGGACGGACGCGGCAUCGACGGGUGCCUCCGCGGCUUUGUCACCGCAUUCCUGACGGGAAGUACCUUCCGGGUCCGUGCUGGAAGGGAGCUGAGCGAACCCAGGGACACCACAGCAGGUGUCCCACAAGGAUCAGUGCUCAGCCCCCUCCUCUUCAAGAUGGCACUGGCAGGAUUGCCGACCUCACUCCCAGCCGCCGCCCGAUUUCCGGUCCGCUGCUCCAUUUAUGCGGACGACGUGGCACAAUGGGUGCGGGGACCGAGGCGAUCGAUCCCGGCCAUCAGUAGGUCGCUGGAGGAGGCCUUGUAUGCGGUGGUCUCGUACCUAGGAGGCAUAUGGCUCAGGGUGUCUGCCGCCAAGACGGAAGCCCUCCUGCUUCACCCGCUGGCCCCGGCGCGUCUGUACGUCAAGCAGUUGAAGGUUGGCACCAAAGCACUGCCAUGGAAGCCGGUGGUCACGUACCGGGGGCUCACCAUCGACCACCGGCUUACCUGGAUUCCAGCUGCCAAGGCGGCCACAACCAAAGUACGCCGAGUCCAGGGAGCAAUCAGCAAGCUACAGCAGCAUGGCCGUGAAUGCACCACGAAGUGGGUACUGCGGUUCAACCAGGCCGCAGCAACAUCUGCUCUCCUCUACGCACUCCCACUGGUGAACCUGUCUCCAGCCAGGAAACGCCAACUGGAGGGACUGCACAGGGGUGCCGUGAGUGCCAUCCUGGGGCUCCCCAAGUAUUCCCCAGUAGCAACUACACUCACCGUGGCCAACGAGUGGCCUCUCUCUCUACGAACGCUCCAGCGAGCGCUGGGACAUGUGGACCGGCUGCACCGGACACCUGAUGAUCGUCACACACCCACAAGUGACGAUUGCCUCACCAUCACCGCACCACCGGCCACCAGAGGUCCCCCCUCCUUCGGUGGAGCUACAAAACAUCGGACAGCUGUGGCCGCUCUGCAGCAGGCAGCACCCUGCAUACUCCAGAAAGAACUGGAGGGCCGGCUGCAGUUGUUCACCGACGGAUCCGUGAUGCAGGAUGGGUCAGCAGCGGCGUGCGUCAUCCCUGCCAGAGCCAGCAGCAGGCAACGCUGUCUCCCGUUCCCAGCUAGUUCAACCGCGGCGAAACUGGCGGGGCUUCACCUGGCCGCAGAUCUCCUGGCUGAGGACCCACCUGCACAACCGGUCACUGUGCUAUGCGACAGCGAACCGACGCUACCGUCCCUCUCCAUAUGCCAUCGAGCUGGAAUGACGGGGGCCCUCCUGGCCGCGAAGUUCUCGGCGCUCGCCUCCUCCGGAGUGUCAGUCUCCUUUCACUGGCUGCCCUCCCAUGGGGGCAUAGCUGGUAACGAGGACGCGGACACCACUCAGCAGUCACACUCACUCGAGCAGUGGCGGCCUCAGACUACUCGAGGCCACGAUUGA